CUCCACAUUUGUACAUUGAUAAUACAAAAAUCUUCCACUACUAGGGAUGUUCGCCAAAGAAGUCGUCCUUACCAAUUCUAACCAGAACUUAAGUAGUCAAUUUUUUGUUUUGCGUAAUGUGGAAGGAUUCGUUUGCUGUUCCUUCAACCUUCGGGGGGUUAUUAAGAAAGCCUUGGCGUGCUUAGAAGAUUUCAUUGGGUCAACCCUCAAUGCACAAUAUGCAGAGAACAAGACAACCGCCGAAGUGGCCAUGUAGUAUGCAGAAUGACCUGGACAGACUAAGCAACUUACCUGGCCAUAUCAUUGAUAGGAUUCUGUCAUACUUGUCCAUUAGAGAUGCAGUUAGGACAAGUAUCAUAUCGAGUAAUUGGAGGUACAAAUGGGCAACUCUACCAAAUCUCAUAUUUGACAAAGAUUGCUGCCCAUCUUCAUCUGAGGAUCAAGUAGUAUCCCGAAGCAAACUUGUUAACAUUAUUGAUCAUGUGUUUGUACUUCACUUUGGUAUAAUACAUAAGUUCAAGCUAUCUCAUAAAGAUCUUCAAGCUGUCACUGAUAUUGAUCGAUGGAUUCUUCGUAUAUCUAGAAGCUCUGUUGAAGAAUUUAUACUGGAAAUUUGGAAGGGCCAGAGGUACAAAAUACCUUCUUCUUUGUAUUCUUGUAAGCAUUUGAUCCAUUUGGAACUCUUCAACUGCUUGCUGAGCCUACCACCAGCUUUCAAAGGUUUUCAAAAUUUGAAGAGCCUUGAUCUUCAACAUAUUACUAUGACAGAAGAUGCUUUUGAGAAUCUGAUUGCUUGGUGUCCGUUACUGGAGAGGUUGACAUUGAUGAAUUUUGAUAGUUUCAGCAAUCUAAAGAUCCAUGCUCCGAAUCUUCAGUUCUUUGACAUAGGAGGUGAUUUUGAGGAUGUUACUUUUGAGGAUACAAAUUUGUUGUCUAUUAUUUCAAUUGGUUUAUAUGUCAAUGUUGGAAGUGAAUUUAGUGCAAGACAAACCAGUUCAAGCAACAUGUUGAAAUUCUUUGCCUACCUUCCUCUCAUAAAAAGGCUUGAGGUCCAAAGUUACUUCUUAAAGUACCUAGCUCUUGGCAAUGUGCCAAGUGAAUUGCCUGUUGCAUGUCUUGAGCUGAACUAUCUCUCCAUGCGUAUCAACUUCAAUGAUAUCAAGGAAAACAAGGCAGCUUUUUGCCUGUUAAAAAGCUCUCCAAAUUUGUCUGAACUUGAGAUGCUGGCUCGGCCAGAGGAGGAAUUUAUUGCAAAAUCAGGAUCCAGCUUUUGGGAGGAGAACAAUCACAUAGAUUGCAUGUUUCACCAGCUUCGAGUAGUAAAAAUAAUCGAUAUCUGUGGCAUUAAACCGGAGCUAGAUUUUGUGAAGUUUCUGCUUGCAAAUUCUUCCGCGCUUGAGAAGUUGACUGUUAAACCAGCCACUCUUAGUGGAGGAUUGGAAUUGCUUAAAGAGUUGUUGCGGUAUAGGCGAGCUUCUGUACAGGCAGAAGUCAUUUAUUUGGACCCUUAACUUGAUGAAUAUUUAGGUACAUAUUGUAAUUAGUUUGUAUGAUGGCUAACGAUGUAUAAUCUUGCUAUAGUUCGCCAUCUUAAUUAUAAGUAGUUUUAAUCUCCUGCACAAGCACACAUUGAUUUUGUUUGGCUAUUAGUUAAGAGCCAUUUUGAUA